AUGAAGGCGGGCUCGGGGGACCAGGGAAGCCCCCCGUGCUUCCUGCGCUUCCCGCGCCCCGUGCGGGUGGUGAGCGGCGGCGAGGCCGAGCUCCAGUGCGUGGUGCUGGGCGAGCCGCCGCCCAUUGUGGUGUGGGAGAAGGGCGGGCAGCCGCUGGCGGCCUCGGAGCGUCUGAGCUUCCCGGCCGACGGCGCCGAGCACGGCCUGCUGCUGAGCGGGGCGCUGCCCACCGACGCCGGGGUCUACGUAUGCCGAGCCCGCAACGCGGCGGGCGAGGCCUACGCGGCGGCCGCCGUCACGGUGCUCGAGUGGGUGCUGCGAGGGGCCGAGGUGGUGCUGACGUGCCAGGUGGGAGGCCUGCCAGAGCCCACGCUGCACUGGGAGAAGGACGGGAUGGCCCUGGACGAGGUGUGGGACAGCAGCCACUUCGCGCUCGUGCCGGGCCGCGCCGAGGACGGCCGCGGCGUGAGCCUCGCGCUGCGCAUCCUAGCGGCGCGGCUGCCGGACUCUGGCGUCUACGUGUGUCACGCCCGCAACCCGCACGGCCGCGCGCAGGCCGGCGCGCUGCUGCAGGUGCACCAGCCCCCCGAGAGCCCGCCUGCGGACCCGGACGAGGCGCCCCCGCCUGUGGUGGAGCCGCUCAAGUGCGCGCCCAAGACCUUCUGGGUGAACGAGGGCAAGCAUGCCAAGUUCCGCUGCUACGUGAUGGGCAAGCCCGAGCCCGAGAUCGAAUGGCACUGGGAGGGCCGCCCGCUGCUGCCCGACCGCCGCCGCCUCAUGUACCGCGACCGCGAUGGCGGCUUCGUGCUCAAGGUUCUCUACUGCCAGGCCAAGGACCGCGGGCUCUACGUGUGCGCUGCGCGCAACUCAGCGGGCCAGACGCUUAGCGCCGUGCAGUUGCACGUCAAAGAGCCCCGCCUCCGGUUCACAAGGCCCCUGCAAGACGUAGAGGGCCGGGAGCAUGGCAUUGCCGUGCUGGAGUGUAAAGUCCCCAACUCCCGCAUCCCCACGGCCUGGUUCCGUGAGGACCAGCGGCUGCUGCCCUGCCGCAAGUAUGAGCAGAUCGAGGAGGGCACCGUCCGGCGCCUGAUCAUCCACCGGCUGAAGGCCGACGACGAUGGCGUCUACCUGUGCGAGAUGCGAGGUCGCGUGCGCUCCGUGGCCAAUGUGACGGUCAAAGGGCCCAUCUUGAAGCGGUUGCCCCGGAAGCUUGACGUCCUGGAGGGAGAGAACGCAGUGCUCCUAGUAGAAACGCGAGAGGCUGGAAUCGAGGGGUGCUGGAGCCGUGAUGGGGAGGAACUGCCGGCCACCUGCCAGAGCAGCUCUGGCCACAUGCAUGCCCUGGUCCUGCCGGGGGUCACCCGAGAGGAUGCUGGCGAGGUCACCUUUAGUGUGGGCAACUCCCGGACCACCACUCUGCUCAGAGUCAAAUGCGUCAAGCACAGUCCGCCAGGCCCGCCUGUGCUGGCAGAGAUGUUCAAAGGCCACAAGAACACCGUCCUGCUUACCUGGAAGCCCCCCGAGCCAGCUCCAGAGACCCCCUUCAUCUAUAGGCUGGAGCGGCAGGAGGUGGGCUCUGAAGACUGGGUUCAGUGCUUCAGCAUUGAGAAAGCUGGCGCCGUGGAGGUGCCAGGAGACUGCGUGCCCACUGAGGGUGACUACCGCUUCCGUGUCUGCACAGUCAGCGAGCAUGGCCGCAGUCCCCACGUGGUGUUCCAGGGCUCUGCCCACCUCGUGCCUACAGCUCGCCUGGUGGCAGGUCUGGAGGAUGUGCAGGUGUACGAUGGGGAAGAUGCCGUCUUCUCCCUCGAUCUUUCCACCAUCAUCCAGGGCACCUGGUUCCUCAAUGGACAAGAGCUCAAGAGUAAUGAGCCGGAGGGCCAGGUGGAGCCCGGGGCCCUGCAGUACCGUGUGGAGCAGAAGGGCCUGCAGCACAGGCUGAUCCUCCAGUCAGUCAAGCACCAGGACAGCGGGGCCCUGGUCGGCUUCAGCUGCCCUGGAGUGCAGGACUCUGCCGCCCUCACCAUCCAAGAGAGCCCGGUGCACAUCCUGAGUCCCCGGGACAGAGUGGCAGUGAACUUCACGACCUCAGAGCGGGUGGUGCUGACCUGUGAGCUCUCAAGGGUGGACUUCCCAGCGAGCUGGUACAAGGACGGGCAGGAGGUGACAGAGAGCGAGCUGCUGGUGGUGAAAGUGGACGGGCGUAAACACCGCCUCAUCCUGCCCUCAGCUGAAGUUCGCGACAGUGGUGAAUUCGAGUGCAGGACAGAAGGGAUCUCAGCCUUCUUCAGUGUCACUGUCCAAGAUCCUCCAGUGCACAUUGUGGACCCCCGGGAGCAUGUGUUCGUACAUGCCAUAACCUCUGAGUGUGUCAUGCUGACGUGUGAGGUGGACCGGGAGGACGCCACCGUGUGCUGGUACAAGGAUGGGCAGGAGGUAGAGGAGACUGACUUCCUGGUACUGGAGAACGAAGGGCCCCAUCACCGCCUGGUGCUGCCCGCUGCCCAGCCCCCGGAUGGCGGCGAGUUCCAGUGUGUCGCUGGGGAGGAGCGCGCCUACUUCACCGUCACCAUCACAGAUGUGUCUUCAUGGAUCGUGUACCCCAGUGGCAAGGUGUAUGUGGCUGCCGUGCGCCUGGAGCGCGUGGUGCUGACCUGUGAGCUGUGCCGGCCCUGGGCUGAGGUGCACUGGACCAAGGAUGGGGAGGAGGUGGUAGAGAGCCCGGCACUGCUCCUGCAGAAGGAGGACACUGUCCGCCGCCUGGUGCUGCCCGCCGUGCAGCUCGAAGACUCUGGCGAGUACCUGUGUGAAAUCGACGACGAAUCUGCCUCCUUCACCGUCACUGUCACAGAGCCCCCAGUACGGAUCAUAUACCCUCGGGAUGAGGUGACCUUGAUCGCUGUAAGCCUGGAGUGCGUGGUGCUGAUGUGCGAGCUGUCACGGGAGGAUGCUCCUGUGCGCUGGUACAAAGACGGGCUGGAGGUAGAGGAGAGUGAGGCGCUGGUCCUGGAGAGCGACGGGCCCCACCGUCGCCUAGUGCUGCCUGCCGCCCAGCCCUCGGAUGGGGGCGAGUUCGUGUGUGAUGCUGGAGAUGACUCGGCCUUUUUUAAUGUCACCGUCACAGCCCCUCCAGAGAGGAUUGUGCACCCGGCGGCCCGCACCCUGGACCUGCACUUCCGCGCCCCAGGGCGCGUGGAGCUGCACUGCGAGGUGGCCCCAGCUGGGUCGCAGGUGCGCUGGUACAAGGAUGGGCUGGAAGUGGAAGCCUCGGACACUCUGCAGCUGGGCGCGGAAGGACCUGCACGCACCCUGACCUUGCCCCAUGCCCAGCCCGAGGAUGCUGGGGAGUAUGUGUGCGAGACCCGUGAUGAGGCUGUCACCUUCAAUGUCAGCCUGGCCGAGUCCCCCGUGCAGUUCCUGGCCCCGGAGACGGCCCCCAGUCCACUCUGCGUGGCCCCUGGGGAGCCAGUGGUGCUGAGCUGUGAGCUGUCGCGGGCCAGUGCCCCUGUGCUCUGGAGCCACAAUGGGAGGCCCGUGCAGGAGGGUGAGGGCCUAGAGCUGCAGGCAGAGGGCCCCCGCCGCAUCCUGCACAUCCAGUCUGCGGUUCCAGCCCACACAGGCCUCUACACCUGCCAGUGCGGGGCAGCCCCGGGGGCCCCCAGCCUCAGCUUCACAGUCCAGGUGGCUGAGCCCCCCGUGCGGGUGGUGGCCCCCGAGGCAGCCCAGACGAGGGUCCGCAGCACUCCAGGUGGGGACCUAGAGCUGGUGGUGCACCUCUCCGGGCCAGGUGGCCCCGUGCGCUGGUACAAGGACGGGGAGCGCCUGUCGAGCCAGGGGCGGGUACAUCUGGAGCAGGCCGGGGCCAGGCAGGUGCUGCGGGUGCGGGGGGCACACAGCAGGGAUGCAGGGGAGUACCUGUGCGACACGCCCCAAGACAGCCGCAUCUUCCUCGUCAUCGUGGAAGAACCUCCACCGGUGAAGCUGGUCUCAGAGCUGACACCAUUAACUGUCCACGAGGGCGAUGACGCCAUAUUCCGCUGUGAAGUCUCCCCACCAGACGCAGAAGUCACCUGGCUGCGCAAUGGAGCCAUUGUCACUCCAGGACCCCAGCUGGAGAUUGCCCAGAAUGGUUCGAGCCGCACACUGACCAUGCGAAGUUGCCAGCUCGAGGAUGCAGGGACUGUGACGGCCCAGGCAGGGGGCACAGCCACCAGUGCCCGGCUCCACGUUCGAGAGGCUGAGCUCCUCUUUCUACGGAGGCUGCAGGAUGUGCGCGUGGAGGAAGGCCAAGAUGUGUGCCUCGAGGUGGAGACAGGCCGGGUGGGUGCAGCUGGGGCCGUGCGCUGGGUGCGAGGCGGGGAGCCCCUGCCCCAUGACUCUCGGCUGUCCGUGGCCCAGGAUGCCCACAUCCACCGUCUCUUCAUCCAUGGCAUCGUACUGGCCGACCAGGGCACCUACGGCUGUGAGAGCCACCAUGAUCGAACCCUGGCCAGGCUCAGCGUGAGGCCAAAGCAGCUGAGGGCACUGCGGCCUCUGGAGGAUAUAACCAUUAUGGAGGGAGGCAGUGCCACCUUCCAGCUGGAGCUAUCCCAGGAGGGUGUGGCUGGGGAGUGGGCCCGAGGCGGAGUACGGCUGCAGCCCGGGCCCAAAUGCCACAUUCACAUAGAGGGCCACAGCCACCGUCUGGUGCUCAGUGGCCUGGGCCUGGCUGACUCUGGCUGCAUCUCCUUCACUGCGGAUUCCCUGCGCUGUGCAGCCAGACUCACUGUGAGAGAGGCCCCAGUGACCAUUGUGUGGGGGCCACAGGACCUAGAGGUGACUGAGGGCGACACAGCUACGUUCGAGUGCGAGCUUUCCCAGGCCUUGGCUGAUGUCACCUGGGAGAAGGACGGGCGCGCGCUCGCCCCAAGCUCUCGGCUCCGGCUCCAGGCCCUAGGCGCGCGCCGCCUUCUGCAGCUGCGGCGCUGCGGCCUCUCGGACGCCGGGACCUACAGCUGCACAGUGGGGACGGCUCGCGCCGGGCCUGCCCGCCUGGCAGUGCGUGAGCGCGCGGUGGCAGUCCUCUCCGAGCUUCAGUCGGUGCGCGCCCGGGAAGGCGACGGCGCCACGUUCGAGUGCACGGUGUCGGAGGCAGAGAUCACGGGGCGCUGGCAGCUCGGAGGACGCCCUCUGAGACCUGGAGGCCGCAUCCGCAUCCGACAGGAAGGGAAGAAACAUAUGCUGUUGCUGAGCGAGCUGCGCGCCGAGGACGCUGGAGAAGUCUGCUUCCAGGCGGGACCUGCCCAGUCCGCGGCCCAGCUGGAGGUGGAGGCGCUGCCCCUCCAGAUGUACCGCCGGCCACCUCGCGAAAAGACGGUUCUGGUCGGCCGCCGGGCGGUGCUGGAGGUGACUGUGUCCCGCUCGGGGGACCACGUGUGCUGGCUGCGGGAGGGGGUUGAGCUGUGCCCGGGAGACAAGUAUGAGCUGCGCAGCCACGGCCCCACCCACAGUCUGGUCAUCCAUGACGUGCGACCCGAGGACCAGGGCACCUACUGCUGCCAGGCUGGCCAGGACAGUGCCUGCACUCGGCUGCUGGUGGAGGGUGAGUAG